AUGCCUUCCGAUCCACCAUCAAUCCCCAACCAGCCCCACCGAACAUGCUACAUCCGCAGCUACCAAAUAUCCCCCUCCACCUUCCCCGACGACACACUCACCGGCCUCCCCCGCUACCCCACCCGCAUUCGUUACGCCAUGCGCCGCGCGCACAACUUCAUCCUCUGCGCCUCCUCCACUAUCGACAAGCUCGCGCUGGACUACCUCCUCAAUCCGCCAGAUCUCGGGGAGACGUGGAACACAGCUCCCAAGCUACCAACUCCGGAACUUUAUCCAACGAAAAUCACGGUGUAUUUUUCGAAGUCGCAAGUAGAGAAGGGUAGUAGGGAGGUAGCAGCUUUGCAACGAGGACUUGAGCGCGAAAAAGUAAACUGGAUCAUUGCCGGCGCAGAUGUCUCAGAACUCGACGGCCUCCUCCUCCAAAAAGCAGACUACCUGAUUUCUGGCAUUCAAGCCGAAGAGCGCAUCCACAUGCCCAUCCAAAACUGGUUCCAACACAUCUGCGAGGGGACGCUGCAGCCGGUCGACGAGAAAAUCGACAUCUCAACGCGUCAUUUACAGAUCAGACAAGCCGGGUACUCGUUUCGAGAGUUAAGCGGGCAGCGGCGCGUCAAACACCGUGGAGAUGUGAAUCCGAAUCUGAGACAGUGCGGGCGGUGUUUGGAGCGGCAUAAGCGGCGGGAUUUGUGUGGGGUCGCGGCGCAGGAGUUAGAGGACGGGAAGGGGGAUGCGAAGAAGCACGAGGGCAAUGUGGUUUGGAGAUGGAGGAAGCCGGGAGAUGGGGUGACGGGGAAGAGGUGGGAGAAGUUGACGGCGCAGGAUUUUAUCGACAGGUUUCGUUGGGAUAAGUGGGAUAGGAGCAUACCGUGGGAGAAAAGAGGGGAGCAGCGGCCUGGGGAUGUCGCGAGGGGAGGGUGGCGUUCGAAGGUUCCGGUUGGGGAGGGGAAGGAUUGGAAGACAGUAUAG